ACGGAGGACGCGGGAAGGGCCAGGGGCGGGUUCGGGGGUGCGCGGCCCCCCAGGAAACUGAGGCAGUCAGGCGGAGAUGCGCAGGCGCCUUCGGGGCUCGUCGCUGGGGGCUGACGCAGCCGGGGGAGACCUGCACCGGCCCCGUUUGCUUAGAGAAGCACAAGCAGGAUAAAUAAAGAAAAGAAAGCCCGUAGAUAUGGAGUGUGAGGCCGAGCGUCCUCCCCUGGGUGUGUUUAAGUGCCAACUCUGUGCCCUGACAGCCCCAUACAGCUACGUGGGGCAGAAGCCCCCUGACACCCAGUCUAUUGUCCUUCUGGAGGAGAGUUAUGUCAUGAAGGACCCCUUCACCCCAGACAAGGGCAGAUUCCUGGUCCUCGGCUCUCGGUGCAGUCUGUGCAGCCGGCUGGUGUGUGUGGGCCCGGAAUGCAGUUUAUUCUAUUCCAAGAGAUUUUGCCUCCCCUGCGUCCGGGAGAACCUUGACGCCUUCCCUCGGGAAAUCCAGCAAGACGUGGAAAGAAGGAAGGGACCAUCGAAGAAGCCUGUCGGCCAGCCCGGGUCUGGGACGUGAGCGCAGCUGGGCGGCCUCUGCAGCCCGGGUCAGGGAGGGGCUGGGCUGGGCGCUGCUGUGCCGGCCUUUCUCAGGGCCAUCGGGAGCAGCGCUGGGGGCUGAGGGAGCCGGGCCCCGCCUGCGGCAGCAAGAGGACAGGGAGCUGGGCAGAGAAGGCGCUCAGAAGGCCGACCUCAGACCAGGCACUCCGGAGACCCAGCCCCUUCCAGAGUUGCCCUUGCCCCUGGGACCACUGGGCGGGAAGCGACCCCGGCCGAGAGCUGGCACAAAGCAGCCGGGGUUGGGCCUGCUGUCCUUCUGGACCUGGGGCGCGGGGCGUCCCUGCAGGGUCAUCCCCCCCCCCCCCCCCCCCCCCC